AGACAAACCGUACGCAUCAUGUCGAUGUCAGUAGCACAAGUGGAGGCUGCUCUUGCAGAGAUAAUGAAGUAUGCAAAGGAGGGCGUCCACUACAACGGUGACAACGAGUUGUCUUUGCUUGAGGACAGGGUGUCGAGGUACUUCAUAGUCGGUGUGGAUAUGAGAUCCACGAUCAUGGCAAACGGCGAGGGCUGUGUCAAAGCACGAACACUCUUGCAAUGCUUCAGAGAGUCACCACAUGUAUGUGUGGACAGCGAUGUGGAAGGCAGUGCAUAUAGUCUAAAAGGAGUGGUCGAGUGGAUGUGCAGCGAAGGGAUGUGCGAAGAAGGAGACGUUGACAUGACAAUGCAGCAGAAAGGGGGGACAUAUAAACCUGCGGAUUUCAAGAAGUUGCUGGGCACUGUGGCAAGGAAUGGGGAAAUGCUUAUUGAUGGGUCGAAGGAGGAGUUGAAGAGUGGUGCUGCAGAAAUUUUGGUGUUGUCCAGAAUGAAGGACAUUACACAAACACCACCAGAAGACUUUCAAGAUGUUCUUGUCAUUGUUGCAGAUGGUGUGAAAUAUGUUCUGCUGGAUCAACUUGUGGACUUCUUGAAAAAGACAACGAGAGAGGAGCUAGUGUAUUCUGAUAUCUUCAAUGCUUUCACAAUGGAGAAAGAACAGUGUGAUCGUGGCUUUGAAGAGGCCGAUUUCCCAAGUUGUUUUGCAGAGUACACAGACAAUGCAGAAGAAGAAGAUGAAGAAGAGGAUGAGGGGGCAUCAUCUUCUGACGUGGAAGCGAGCGGCAACGAUGUCAGCAGCGACGAGGAAGACGAGGAACAUGAUGUAUACUAUGAUUUGAAGGCGGCGGGUGGACAAGUGACAAAAGGGUUGGCACAUGCAAUUUUGAGUUUGGCACGUGCUUUUCUCGAUCCGCAUAAAGUGCUGCGUGUUGUGAUGAAGGAGGCAACACCAGAUGGUGCACUACACGGCGUCGUUAAUCGUCCACCCAAGGCCCCCGAGAAGAGGUCGAGGGAAGACAGAAUGUCAAAGGUGCACCGCAGGACAAAGAAGAGAAUCACGUACAAAAAGGACAGAAUGGUGGAGAUGAUCGAUCUGAGAGCCUGGGACGAUAUGUACAGCGAGGCCCGAGAGGAAGCAGAAGAGGAACACGACCAGUCCAUAUCACAAAAGUCUUACAGGAAGGAGAACGAGGCAACAAGUGACGAGGGAGGUGACAGUGAAACUUCCGACGGAUAUUCUUGCGACACUCACGACGCUGACGACGAGGACGGCAGGAGCAGCGACGGCGCAGCACAGGACGAGGGCGGUGACGCGGCAGGCGAAGACAACAGAAGCGCGGACGGAGAGAGAGUUCUCCAUCUUUGGGAAGAACGCGACGCACGAGGGAACCCGAAAGUGGCGGCGAGGGAGGCGCAGCCAACGCGCCCUCCAUUGACAGACAACUAGUGAGGCACGACAAUGCAGUUCAAAAAGACAACAAAGACCAGCAGAGCGU